GCUGUGCUUUUCCUUCCUUCUGAUUGAAAUCAGCCCUUUGCUGAGCUUGAGGAGGCCCCUUGAGAAGAGAGACGCUGGUCCUCUUAGCAACUAAGCAGCCCUGCACGAGCCGAACGCCCGCCCGCCCGUCCGUCCCUCCCUCCCGCCGCGCCACGCUGUGCUGCCCUGACGCUGGGCUUGUGUACACAUCACGUGGGCCCUCGGACGCCGGGCGUACCUGCACACCUCCGACGGCUCCGACUAAGGCAGGUGAGAAGAAACUCGACCGAUAAAAGACGUGUGAGGACGCGGGGUCAGCUGAGUGGGUAGAACUGGCGACUGCAGGCCGUGGUGAAUGUCGAACGUCGUUGUGUGAAGCGGAGGUCUCCAUUAGAGAGGUGGGAGAGGCCAGAGGAGCACAUUCACAUCAUGGGACAGCCCAAGAAGACGCUGCUGUGACUGAAGUCCAGAGAUCAUCGGAAAUGGAAAGUGAACAUCGGCCACCCCUCGUCCCGAGCCCCCUCAACUCCUCGAGAAGUGCGCCAUACACCGAAGCGGAGGAGGUGAUGCACGUGGUGGCAGCGGUGGUCUACUCCCUCGUUUUCCUGCUGGGCACCAUUGGCAACGGGCUGAUCAUCUGGCUGACGGGCUUCAGGAUGAUUCGGACGGUGAACACCAUUUGGUUCCUCAACUUGGCCAUCGCGGACUUCAUCUUCGCAGCAUUGCGGCCCUUCGCCGUGGUCAGGGAGGCCUUGAGCUCAGAUUGGCCCUUUGGGUCCACCAUGUGCAAGAUGAACGACUUUGUAAAGUAUCUCAACAUGUAUGCCAGCGUCUUCAUCCUCACCACCAUCAGCAUUGACCGCUGCAUGCUGGUGGUCCACCCUGUCUGGUCACGCAACCACCGCUCCAUUCGGAUGGCGUCACUGGUGGCCCUGUUCACGUGGGUCAUCGCCUUCUUCUUCAGCAUGCCUUACCUCUUUCUGAGGGACACCAUGAUUGACCUCCACAACAAGACGAAGUGCACCCUGAGCUUCACGGGGGACGCAGAGGAGAAGAGACGAGUCCGACUGGCAACCUACAUCACCCGCUUCACUUGCGGCUUUCUGGUGCCCUUUGGCAUCAUCACCACUUGCUAUGUGAUCAUCUACCUGAGGAUCAAAGACAAGAAGUGGUCUCGGUCCAACCGCCCCUUUAUCAUCAUCAUGGUGACCAUCGCGGCGUUCUUCGUCUGCUGGAUGCCCUAUCACAUCUUCAACUUUUUGAAGACCAGCAGCCUGCCAAAGGCCUUCGUCAAAGUGGGCUACCGAAUUUCCUCGGGGUUGGCCUACCUGAACAGCUGCCUGAACCCCAUCUUCUACUUUUUCGUGGGCUACAGCUUCAGGAAGGUGGGAGAAGGGUCCCUCCUGGCAUCCAUGAAGAACGUUUUCAUGGAUGAUCCCAACCAGGCCAAGCUGAGCAUCACCUCCAGUGAGAGCAUCCAACUCCCACUGCGCAAAAUGACCAUCACGGUGGCCAACAACAACAACAGGCACCCGUCCGGCUUGGCCGCCAAUUAACAAAGUGUUCAGACAGACAGACUCCGUCACUCCGGUCACGUCCGACUCUUCACCAGUAAGGGCAGUGGGCACAGGACGGCUGGAGGAGGUUCAUCGUGAAGUGCAGUGCAACGUCCUUCCUUCAAAGUGACCAAACCUGUGAUUUGUGAUGCUUGUAGCAUCUCGUCAUUGAACUUUAAAUAGGCGGGUGAGCUUGCACUGUGGCCAAUGCUGCAGCUGUGUCCCCCCCAAUGUAUGCCUGUGUGGAAUUCUGCAUGAACUCACCCACCGGCCGAUGCCCACAUUCAGAAGAUUUGCCAGUUAGGACCAAAGGGAGCUCCGGUGUGCCACUAACUAGGACUUGUUCGAGGCUGCUUUGUGUGCCCAAUGCUACCCUUCAUGGGUCACCAUGGAUGGAAAAAGUGUGCCCUGCGAUAGACUGGCAUCCUGCCCCGGGGGGAGUAUUGGGUCCCUGCCUUUCACCUAAGCACAAGUGACAGGCUUUGGCCCACCUCACCCCAUAAACAAAUGAAUACAUGUGUGUUUGUGUGCCCUGUGCCAGCCUGGCAUGUCACCCAGGGCUCAGUUCUCCUGGGCUUCCCCUGUAGGCUUAGAAAAAAAAUGAUGGAGGGAUCUGAAGUAACAGGAGUUGGGCCGUAAGACAUGAAAGACGCCAUCGCUAAACCCGCUGCGGGCACAUCUGAGCGGAGAACGAGCCGCGGACCAGACAGCUGCAAAUGCGACCGAUGAGGCGGACUCUCAGCAUCGGCACAACUGUGGAAACGAGAAGAAGAAAUAAAUUAGAAAGGUUCCUAAAAAUACGGAGACCCCUUCACUCUGCACACUUUAUGGUCGUAGAUUUCAUUUUAAUGGACAUUUCUGCCCCUCAAUCAGCACUUGAUACCCCAAAAUGUGUGAACAGGUUUUCAGAAAGGUCUGCAAGUUCAUAAAAUGUCAAAAAGUGAAAUCCCUCCUUCCUAGAAGUCCUCAAGACCCUUUGCUGUGGCUCAGGUGUCUCCUGUUUGCUUGAAAUCUCCUUGAGAUGUUUCUAGAACUUGACUGAAGCCCACCUGUGGCCCACUGAACUUAUCAGAAAGCCCAACUUGGACCCGAGUUUGGAAGGACGGACAAUUCACAUGACACGGCAGGACAAAAACCAAACCGUGAAGUCCAAGUAGCUCUCUGUGGACCUCCAUGGUCAAAUGUCGGUGAGGUGCAAAUCAGGGCAAAGGGGGUCAAACCAUUCCUGCAGCUUCGAGUGGUCUCACGGAUGGUGAAAUGCAGGACGUUUGGCACCAGCAGGACUCCUCUGAUGGCACUUUGGUGGGUCGUGCAACUUCUCAUGGAGAUGUUUCUUAACAAAGGACCACUCGAUUCUGUGAUGGGCUCUUUGCUCUUUGAAAAGGCUCGGAAUUUGUGGACAAAGCAGAAAUCUUUUAAAUUACAUCAGAAGCGUCCAGCAGGAUACACAGGAAACCCCAAACUUGGCCAGAGUUCUGAUGCCGAGUCCUUUGGAAAUCAGGAACCUGUUGGUGUUUCACAUAUCUGUUAUCAUCCACAGCCAAAAAUAAGGGGGGCCUUGGUAAGGGAGGUGCCAGAGAACCCAGUGGUCACUGGCCUAGAAGUCCUCUGCUGAGAUGGAGGAGCCUGGCAGAAGGCCGAACAUCAGCACAGCUCUCCAUCAGUCGGGUUUCAAUGGUAGGGGGGCUGGACGGAGGCCACAGGCGAGUAAAAGGCAACGUGACGGCCAACUUGGAGUCCAAUGACACGAAAACUGAACUCUGUGGGCAGAACUCCACACCCGAUGGCUGGUGAAGACCAUUGCCUGCUCUUCAUCUGCCUAACAGUAUCCCUAUGGUGAAGCAUGGUGGUGUAGGGACAGGGAGACUGGUCAGAAUGGAUGCUAGCAAACCUGCUCCAGAGACAGGCCACCUCAGGCUGGGGUGACGGGUCACCUUUCAGCAUGACAAUGACCCGAAGCAUGCAGCAAGGACAACACCUGAAUGGCUUUGGCACAAGACCCUGAUUGUCCUCAAGUGUCCAGCUAAAGUCCUCUGAACCCGUGUGGCGAGACGUGAAGAUGGCGGCUCAUAGACGCGUCUCAUCCACUCGAACGGAGCUUGAGAGCGAAGGAUGUGAUAAUCGGCCCAAAUCCAGGAGUGCAGAGCUCGUAGUGACUUACCAAGGCUUGAAGGGGGAUUUGCUGGCAAAGUCCUGAAUGAGGGGGGGUUUGACGUUUUAACUUUUAAUAAAUUUACAGACCCUUCUGAAAACACGUUGUCACUAAGGGGAGUAAGAAUGUAGCGUGCACCCCGAAUGCUCUCCAGGUACGGUGAGCUCAGCUCAAAUCGCGGUCCCUUUUUUUGUAUUGUUUUCUCCACACCGUUGUGGUUCUCAAAACACGAGACAUCAGACACACACACACAC